AUGCCUCCAAUCGCAUCCAGACCAUCGUUUCUCUCCUUCAUUGUCUUCGUCCUCACCAUCUUGCUGGGCCCAAUCCCAACCCUAACCCAAGCCGGAAAGCCCCACCACAUCAAUUUCCGAUCCCCAAACCUCUACCCAGAAGGCGUCACCUAUGACCCAUCCGCCCAGCACUUCAUUGUCGGCUCCCUCCACCAUCGCAUCAUAGUCUCCGUCUCCGACGCCGGCGUCGUCGACACCCUAAUCUCCGACCCUACCCUCCCCGAAAACGUCUCCGUUGUCGGCCUCACCGUCGACUCCGUCAACAACCGCCUCCUCGCCAAUAUUCACGCCCUGGCCCCGCUCCCCGAAUUCAACGCGCUCGCUGCCUACGACCUCCGCACGCGCCAACGCCUCUUCCUUUCCCGCCUCCCCUCGGAUGACGUCAGCGACGGGACACGUCAGAUCGCGAACGACGUCGCGGUGGACUUCAAGGGCAACGCCUACGUCACCAACUCGGCCGGCAACUUCAUCUGGAAGGUCAACGCCCAAGGGGAGGCCUCUAUCUUCUCCAAGUCUCGGGCGUUCACUGCGCAGCCCGUGGACCGAGACCUGCCGUAUAGUUUCUGCGGCCUAAACGGCGUCGCUUAUAACAGUAAGGGGUAUCUUUUGGUGGUGCAAUCGAAUACGGGCAAGAUGUUCAAGGUGGACGCGGAGGACGGGACGGCGAGGCUGGUGCUUCUGCCGGAGGACAUGCAUUUCGCCGACGGGAUCGCGAUCAGAAGCGACGGCGUCGUUUUGGUGGUGUCCCAUAAGACACUGUGGUUCUUGAAGAGCCAGGACAGUUGGGGGGAGGGUGCGGUUUAUGAUAAAAUUGACCUCGACGCCGAGGGUUUUCCUACUUCGGUGGCGGUCGGGGCGGAGGACAGGGUGUAUGUGCUGCGUGGGCACGUCAUGGAGGGUAUGACGGGAAAUGUGGAGAGGGAGGAGUUUAGCAUUGCGGAGGUGAGGUCGGUGAGGGAGAGCAAGGAAGACAGUGUCUGGAUUUUCGUUUUGAUCGGCCUGGGAUUAGCUUAUUUCUUGUUUUGGAGGUUUCAGAUGCGCCAGCUUGUUGGCAACUUGAACAAAAAGACCAAUUAG